UUGGGGUGAUUCGGAUCCUUGGGUUCGGGCCGGAAGGGGGGCCUCUAGGUCCUGGGAUCCGGGGCGGGGCCUGGGGGGGCUCGGGGUCCCCGGGCCGGGGCGGGGCCGUGCGGGCGCUGCGCAGUCGCCGGGCGGCGGGCGCGCAUGCGGGGCUCACUCGGCUGCAGCGGGCGCCGCGGCCACUCCCGGGAGCAUGAAGGACCGAACCCAGGAGCUCCGCACUGCCAAGGACAGCGAUGAUGACGACGAUGUCGCCGUCGCCGUGGACCGGGACCGCUUCAUGGACGAGUUCUUCGAGCAGGUGGAGGAGAUCCGGGGCUUCAUCGACAAGAUCUCAGAGAACGUGGAAGAGGUGAAGCGGAAACACAGCGCCAUCCUGGCCUCUCCGAACCCCGACGAGAAGACGAAAGAGGAGUUGGAAGAACUGAUGUCCGACAUCAAGAAGACAGCCAACAAAGUCCGUUCCAAGUUGAAGAGCAUUGAGCAGAGCAUAGAGCAGGAGGAAGGCCUGAACCGCUCCUCCGCUGACCUGAGGAUCCGCAAGACGCAGCACUCGACGCUGUCCCGAAAGUUUGUGGAGGUCAUGUCAGAGUACAACGCCACGCAGUCUGAUUACCGGGAGCGCUGCAAGGGCCGCAUCCAGAGGCAGCUUGAGAUCACCGGCAGGACCACUACCAGUGAAGAGCUGGAGGACAUGCUGGAGAGUGGGAACCCCGCGAUCUUUGCCUCCGGGAUCAUCAUGGACUCCAGCAUCUCAAAGCAAGCCCUGAGCGAGAUCGAGACUCGGCACAGUGAGAUUAUCAAGCUAGAGAACAGCAUCCGGGAGCUUCACGAUAUGUUCACGGACAUGGCGAUGCUGGUGGAGAGCCAGGGGGAGAUGAUUGACAGGAUCGAGUACAACGUGGAACAUGCGGUGGAUUAUGUGGAGAGAGCUGUGUCAGACACCAAGAAGGCUGUCAAGUACCAGAGCAAGGCCCGCCGGAAGAAGAUCAUGAUCAUCGUGUGUUGCGUGAUCCUGGGCAUUGUCAUCGCUUCCACCUUCGGGGGCAUCUUUGGAUAGGAUCACCCCACCUCCACUCCUCAGGAUGGGCUGCCUGAGAGGCCCCUGGCUGCUGCCUCUCCGCCACCACCCAUGAGGCCACGGGGCCCUCCUGCCCCUGCCCCGAGCUGUUGUGUGCAUGAUCUUUGUGACUGUGUGUGUCUGUGCAGAAACGGCAGAGGAGAGCAGGGCCAGGCACCAGGAGGCCGGGGACCGGGGGAGCUCGGCGGUGGGGGACGGACAUCCAGACUGCUCCCCCUGGCCUCCUGACCGGCGCCCUGUCCUCUGGCCUCUCCAGCUGUCCCAAGCACAGCCCCCUGAGGGGUGGGGACCAGCUGGCUACAUGGUGCUGCUUUUCAGGUUUGGGGAGGGUGCCCCCUGACAAGACAGCCCAGCGCUAAGCCUCUAACAGCCAUCACUACCUGGGAGGCUAGGGGGUACUCCCCCCUCCACUUUCCGCAGUCCUGUGGCCAGGCCUGACCCCAAGAUACCUUCUGGAAGAGGCUGACUGAUGCCAGCCAGCUGGGGAAGUCAGGCCUCCCUCCCUUCUGGCCUCAGUUGUCAGGCCCUCAAGCCAUCGUGUUGCAUGUUUGGGACAAUGGUCUGCAAUGUCACCCCCGACCCUCAAUCCUGCCCAUGUCCCCACUGAUGUGCCACGUGGGCACUGGGCGCCACGGAUGCAGUAUUCCGCAGCCAGCUGGGGCAGAGGCGCCCUCUGCCCUCCCCUUGGGGGCCCUCCCAGCCACCCUUCCCUGCAGCCCGGUAGGGGGACAUGCAUGCCAGUGCAUGUAGCAGGGGGGGCCCGUGCCCCCACCCUCCCAGUACCCGUGCUGCCUCCCUUUACCAAAGGUCUCGUACAACCAGCUGCCCAUUUUGUGGACUUUUUAUGUAGAAUAAACAUUUGUAUCUGCACCGG